ACAAGUUACAGUAAAUGUCCGGUGUUUCUUGUUGGUGUCAGUUGUCAUUGCGUGAAGUCGCUACAAUUGAAUGUGAAAGAGUUCGCUCAACUUAAUUUAUCAGUUUAUAUCUGCAAGUGGAAGGUUGAUUUCUGCAGCAUGUGCCAGUUAGAUGCAUUGUUAUCAAUGGACAUGUCCAUGGGUUGCAUUCUACUCAUUGUCGCCACUGUUUAUGCAGUCGUGCAGGUGUCCCGUUUUAUCUUCGCGGAUGCCGACUUCACAUUGCUUUGGGCAACCUCUUUUGGAAAAAAGCCUGAGGCUCAACUGAAGGGCCGGGUUGUAUGGAUCACUGGAGCAUCCAGCGGCAUUGGUGAAGAGCUGGCCUACCAGUUGGCCCAGAUUGGUGCUCAGCUGGUCUUGUCAGCACGCCGAGAGAAUGAGCUGGAGAGAGUAAAGCGAGAGUGUUUGGGACGGUCUAGACUACAUGAAGAGGACAUUCUUGUUCUUCCGCUUGAUCUGCUGGACCGAAAGACUCAUGAGGCAAAAACGGCAGCUGUACUUGAGCAUUUUGGAAAAAUUGAUGUUCUCAUAAAUAAUGGUGGACGCAGUCAGCGAUCACUCUGCUUGGAGACCAAUAUGGAGGUGUAUGAGGCCCUUAUGGAGCUCAACUUCCUGGGGACGGUGUCCAUCACGAAGCACGUGCUUCCCCACAUGAUUCAGAGGGGUACAGGCACUGUGACCACAGUCAGCAGCAUAGUGGGCAUCGCAGGGGCACCCCUGGCCACGGGCUAUUCUGCCACCAAACACGCACUGCAGGGCUUUUUUAACUCCCUGCGGGUUGAGGUAGCCGAUUACCCCGGAAUCACCAUCAGCACAAUCUGCCCUGGACCAGUGCAAUCACAGAUUGUCCAGAAUGCCUUCACAGAGAAGCUGGACAAGCCAUUGUCUCAGCCGGGAGAUCAGCAGCACAAGAUGACCACCGCUCGCUGUGUACGACUCAUUUUGUGUGGAUUGGCCAAUCGUGUGAAGGAAAUGUGGAUUGGCCAGCAGCCAUUUCUGUUGUUUUUCUAUGUGUGGCAGUACACACCCACAUUAGCCUGGUUUAUGACUAGUAUUCUGGGGAAGAAGAGGAUUCAGAAUUUCAAGGCUGGACUGGAUGCAGACACAGCUUACUUCACAAAGCCAAAGGUCCACUGAAGGCCUGUGCUGGGUGUAAAGUCUGGGGUUCUGAUGAGUUUGUGUGUUGAUUUGAUUUGUCACAUCUGCUGAUGAAAUUGUGUGAAAUCUAGUCCGAACACUAAAACAUUCUAAAUAUAUCCAGUGUUUGCAGUACCACUGCAAAUGAGAUACAUGCACUCUUGCCUUGUAAAAUCAAUAGCCAUAAAAUAAGGAUUGUUUUUUUUUGGAAAAAACUUUUACUGUAAUAAACUGUACAUACAAUAAACAUUUUACAGAA